CCCUCCGUCAAGAAACAGAGGAGCCUUCACUUCGUCCUAAAGCCCUCCCCUUCUCCUUGGUUUGUUCAAAGGCAAGGAAGGUAUAUUAUUAUACACAUAUAAAUACACACAUACACAUUUGUGUAUCAACUCUCAAGUGCUGUCAAGCCAUUGGAGGUCACUGCAUUGAAAGAGACAUGGGAGUUGCAGGGACAAUAGAGUACUUGUCGGAUUUGAUGGGCAGCGGCCACGGUCACGGCAAGAAGAGGAAGCAGUUGCAGACGGUCGAGCUCAAGGUCAGGAUGGACUGUGAUGGCUGCGAGCUCAAGGUCAAGAACGCCCUCUCCUCCCUCAGUGGGGCGAAGAGUGUGGAGGUGAACAGGAAGCAGCAGAAGGUGACGGUGACGGGGUACGUGGAGGCCAGCAAGGUACUGAAAAAGGCCAAGUCGACCGGGAAGAAGGCCGAGAUUUGGCCCUAUGUCCCCUACAACUUGGUGGCUCACCCUUAUGCCGCCUCUGCCUAUGACAAGAAGGCCCCUCCUGGCUUCGUCAGGAACAUCGAGGCUUCUGCCACCACUGGCACCGUGGCCAAGUUCGGUGGGGAUGAUCCGUUCAACGUCCAUGUGUUCAGCGAUGAGAACCCGAAUGCCUGCUCUGUCAUGUGAACCGCAGAUUGCCUGUGAAAAUUGUUGUGCUCAUGCUGCUAAUUGCGAUUUUUAGCACAUGAUCUUCUUAAUGGGUCCUGAAGUUUUGCUUUUUGGGGGAGCCAAGUAGUGGCCGUUGUAAAAAGUGGUCUUAGGUAAUACAUAUGAUGUUUUUUCCCGAGCAGUUUCUUGUUAAAAUUUUAUUUGCAGACCGACUAAUAUCUGAUA